AUCGCUUUAUCUUCCUGCUACAGAGAAGCUGAAGCUGCACCUGUUGCAUUUCUGAAUCUCUUGCCAUUGACUGGUGGGGAGAGGGGAAGAGAUACGUGUGUUCGCGGCACCAUCGGAAGGAACCCUGAGGUGCCACCCGAAGGGCCCAUAAGAUCCUGAGCACGCAUAGCACCGCAGCCAUGACUGAUACGGAAACCAGGCCGGCGACACCCCCGUCUUCCGCGCCCUACGUCCCCCGUUCCUCCUUUGCUCCCUCUUCCGGCUCCUCCUUCGGUCACUGACUUUGCGUUGGAGCCCCCUGCGCUUCGGCGCUCCCUUCGCCCGGUCGCCCAGUCAGCUCGCCCCCUCUCCCUCCCUCCCAGCGGCGGCAUUUCCAGAGCCGUCAGAGCAGCAACACCGGCAGCUUCAAGAACUCUCGGCGCGGCAGCGGCAGCAGUAGCAGUCUAGUCCGCUCUCUCCCGCCUGCUCCUGACGACGGCGGCGGCGGCGGCGACGACUUCAGCAGCAGAUAUGACAACUCAACUGAAAAUCCAGCUUUUGUUUGGCUUCCUAUGCCAAAUCGCCUGCCCUGUUGUGUAUGGCUUCCCUGCUGAUUCUGGAACGGAGUUCCGGUCUGCUUUCUCUGUUGCUAGAACCAGCAGCAUGGAAGGAAGCACUGAAAUGGUGAUCACGUUUGACAAAGUCUAUGUGAACAUUGGUGGUGACUUUGACCCCAAAGCUGGAUUAUUUCGAUGUCGUAUCCCUGGAGCCUAUUACUUCUCCUUCACAGUUGGGAAGUACCCCAAGAAAAACUUGUCAGUCAUGCUGAUGAGAAACAAGAAUGAGGUUCAAGCAAUUGUCUAUGAUGAACAUCACCGUAAAGAGCGGAAGGUUGCCAGCCAGAGUGCUAUGUUGCAGUUGGACUAUGGUGACACAGUGUGGCUGCGUUUACAUGGAGAUCCCAAGUAUGCACUCUACAGCAAUGUGGGCCCCUAUACAACUUUCAAUGGGUACCUCAUCUAUCCAGACACCUCUAGCUAUUUUCAAAACAGUGUUGGCUCCCAGGAGCCAGGAGUUGCUUCACCUCAUGUGAUUCAACAACUUUCCAUGAAGCAGAAUGAAGUCUCAGAGAGACAACAUCUUUUUUCCAACCAGCUAAGCAGAUCACAGGAUACUCAUUCAGCCUUUUCUGCUGCCCGUUCUGAAAGCCUCCUAGGGUCAGAUGAGAAGCAAAUCCAGCAUGAGCCAAUCACAUUUGACACAGAAUUUGUGAACAUUGGAAAAGAUUUCAAUUUCUCAACUGGCAUCUUUACAUGUCGUGUUCCAGGCGCCUACUAUUUCUCCUUCACCAUUGGCAAGAUGCCCUUCAAAACCAUGUCAGUGAAACUGAUGAAGAACCACAAUGAGGUUCAAGCUAUGAUCUAUGAUGACAACCACUCAAAAAGGCGUGAGAUGCAGAGCCAGAGUAUCAUGUUGCCUUUGCAAUAUGGUGACACUGUCUGGCUCUACAGCCACCAGCAUGAUGGCUACGGUGCCUAUAGCAACCAUGGAAAGUACAUCACCUUUACUGGAUUCCUGGUCUAUCCCGAGACAAAACCACCUCCAGACGCCAACAUGUCCCCAGGGUCAAGAAUCUAGACAUAAAUACAAAAGUAACAUAAGAGAAGUCAAGAUGCAGCAGACCUGUGGUGCAGGUCCGGGAUGGACGUCAUCUUUUACAUGACAAUGUUAAGAGCAUGCUAUUGUAUGUCCAGUGCAUUCCUUACAGUGCACACUUGUGUCCUAACUGCAGAGCCAUUGUUGUUUCUCCCAUUCAUUUACAGAAUGACCUUCACGGGAUGUGUGUGUUUUGUUCAUUAUUGAUGUUCAAUUUAAGCAUAAAGCAUGAGGUAGUUUGGAGAGUAGAAGAAAUAGGGGCAGUGAAAUGAGAUGUGAAUAAAGGAACAGCUUACAAAAAUUACUGGAAGAGUUUGUGAAAAACCUCUGUACAAGGCACUUGGAAGUUGAAAACAUCCACUGCAAAUGCAGACAAAUAUCCAGAUAGAUUGACAUAUGUAAUGAAAACAAUGAACUCAAUAAAAUCCUAAGAGAAAAGGUACUGGGUUUGCUUAUAUGUUUUGAUGCAGUGUUAUUAGAUCAGACAGUUGCGUUAUUCAGCAGUUCAUGGACCAUGGUAGAGCUGCCAA